CUGAAGGAGGAACUUAUCCUGGAAUGCUCUGUGGUCUCGAAGGAAAGCGCGCUGUGGUUCGGUGUGGACUGACUUUUCAAGCAGGAAUGGCCACUGCGAGACUUGAUUACGUUGCUCCGUGGUGGACAUACUGGCUGCACAAUUUCCCCCACUUCAAUUUAUUUUUCCAGUCGGUCGACAACACUUUUGAGCCGGAGGAGGCGAGCUAUCAGCAGUCUCUGAUAUUUCUAGCAUGUGUUGGCGCGGUGGGUCUGGGUCUGAGCCUGCUGGUUGUGGCGGUGUGCCUGCUCUGCGUAUGUUGCUGCCGCAGAGACGUGGACGAAGACACCAAGAGGCCUGAAUCCUGCUGUCUCACCUGGGCUGCUGUCAUCACCGGUCUCAUCAUAUGUUCGGCUGUGGGAGUGGGUUUCUAUGGUAACAGUGAGACCAACGAUGGCGUGUACCAGCUGACCUACUCGCUCAACAACGCCAAUCACACGUUGGGUUCCAUCAACAAUCUGGUUGCAGGAUCUGUGAGUAAUGUUCAAACUGGACUCAAACAGCACCUGGAGCGCCUGGAUGAAAUCUUUGCCAAAAGGACGGACUACCUGCAAGCUCUUCGCUUCAUGCAGCUGAUGGUCAACAACGUCAUUCGUGAGAUGACGACUCUGCCGGAUGUAAAUAAAGCCAAUGUUGACUUGGCAGCCAUCGCUGACCAAACAGCCUUUAUUGAGUAUUACAGGUGGCUGACCUAUCUGCUGCUGCUGAUCCUGGAUCUAGUCAUUUGCUUGGCCGUGUGCUUGGGGAUGGCCAAGCAUUCUCGAUGGCUGCUCAUCACGAUCAUGGCUUUUGUAGUGCUGUCUAUGAUCCUCAGCUGGGCCUCACUGGGAGCGGGCACUGCUACAGCUGUGGGCACGAGUGACUUUUGUGUGUCUCCAGACAAGUUUAUAGUGAACCAAACCAAGGACUUCCUCAGUGCAGAUGUCGCACACUAUUAUUUGUUCUGCAGCCCGAAUCUACCGAACCCUUUCCAACAGUCGUUGACGAUCUGCCAGCGUUCCCUGACCACCAUGCAAAUCCAGAUCCAGGGCUUGCUGCAGUUCUCCGUGCCCAUCUUUCCCACUGCUGAGAGAGACCUUUUGGGGAUCCAGCGACUGCUGAACUCUACCGAGUUCAGUCUCCACCGGCUAACAGCCUUGCUUGAUUGCCGCGGGCUCCAUAAGGACUACCUGGAUGCCCUAAUGGGUGUGUGCUAUGAUGGGGUGGAAGGGCUCCUCUACCUCUCUCUGUUUUCUCUGCUGGCUGCCUGCGCACUCUCUGCCAUGCUGUGUGCGAUUUUCAGAGUGUGGACACUAAUGGGUAGCAGAGACAAAGAGUAUGACGACAUAGAUGAGGAGGACCCAUUCAACCCCCAAGCGCGGCGGAUAUCCUACAACCCCAGGCGGUCCAACAUCCACAGUUUUUGCAGUUAUACCAGCAGCCUCGGUAGCCAGGCCAGCCUUCAUCCACCUCCGCAAUCUGCCUCGAAUGUCAUGCCACCUCCUGAAUACAUGAAUCAGUCCAUGUUGUUUGGAGGGAGUCCUCGAUAUGAGAAUGUGCCGCUGAUAGGGAGAGGAUCCCCACCUCCCUCGUACUCGCCCAGUAUGAGGACCACCUAUCUAUCUAUGACUGACGCCCAGAUCAGACACUUUGGGACUGACUUCCAGGUGUAGCGCGCUACAUCCUGAAUCCUUUUUUUAGAGAGG